UGCGUAAUCGGGCCAGAUUCAUUCAUUGCAAGGGCAAGGAUGAAGGUACUGGCCGAGGGCGACCUCCGGAAGCGCUGUGCGACGCUGCCCAUGAUGCGCCGGCGCUACUGCAUGCUCCUUCUGGACGACAGCAAUACGUCCAAGCUCAAGGUGCUCCUGCGCUCGUACAAGACCAAGGCCGAGCGCGAUGGCAGCGCCGACAGCUUUGUGUCGUCGCACGUGGUCAAGUGCAUUGGCGAGUGGACGGGCAAAGGCAAUCUGCAUACGUAUCCGCACGCGUUUGUCGUCGAGACGGUGCAGAGCAAGCUCUUCCACUGCUCGGCGGCGUCUAGCGAGGCCAAGCGGAGCUGGAUGCAUGCGAUCCCGUUCGCCGAGGAUGGACUGUACGCGCUGGUCGGGCCCGGCGUCACGCCUGUCUUGUCGUCCUCGUCCCAAGAUGACGCGCCAACGCCCAACGACGCGCCGAUGCCAGCGUCGUUCCGCGAGUCGACAGCCAUAACGGCCACGCCAGUGCAAUCGACGACGCCCCCGCCACCCCGUACGUGGUUCGCCCGUCCCUCGCGCGCGUCGUCGCGUCGUCAAGAUCUCGAGACGCCGAAGAAGCCACCCAGCGUGCAAGACGCCUUGUUUGAACGCAAGGCCAAGCAGACGACGAAGCGGGACCUCGUGGCCGACCUUGAAAUCGAGAGCGACGAGGAGGGUGCUGCGCCGGAGAGCUUGCUGCUCGAGCCGUCGUUGCUCGGACCCAAGGUCGACCCAUACGAAGUCGACGUGCAUAUUGGCUACGUGCCGCCAGCACCCAUGAAGCUCCAGUUUGAGGUCGACCCGCAGGCCAAGGUGAUGCAUUCCGUGACGCCAUCGAAUGACAGCGACGAGGACGACGAGCGCGUACCGAUGGACCCGACGCUGUAUGCGCGCAUUUCGCAAAUGCGCAUGGACGAGGCCAAGGAGGCAACGCGCAAGCCAAGAGACGAGGUGCGACCUCGGCGGACCGAGGCCGAGCCCCGGGUGGCUCGCAAGGUCAAGGCCAAGAAGCACAAGAAGAAACCGACGGACGCGAGCAGUACAAGCCACGCUUCUCCGCAUCACCACCGCAGUAGUCGUGCCAGUGGCUCGACGAGCCAUCCAAUGUCGACGUCCAAGGCACACAAGGCGUCUCCGAGUCCACCAGCUCCACGCCGUACCCCGCCACUGCCCGCGGACGAUGCACCACAGCCGCGUGCUGUACGACCAGCGCCCUUGCCGCCGCAGAAAGGACCAACCCUGGCGCUGCCCGACAUUGAGGGGUUCUAAGUCUAUCCAUUGUAUGUCAUUAAAAGACACGCGUUUUAAAGUUG